UUCCCGGCAUGAGAAAGGGGGCCGUGGCUAACGUGCGACUACUUGGUUUGAGGCGGGUUAUUUUUGGGCUCGGCUGUGCGCAGAGGCACCUCAAACGGAGAGAGGGAGAGAACGAGAGCGCACAGCGCGCAGACCAGACGCAGAGUGAGAGCGAGAAAGGCGCACAGAUUUCUGUGUCAUUCAGCCGCUUCUCUCGCGCGCAACAGAUCUGCGUAACAAAGAAGGACAGACAGGGAGCAAUUUAGAUUUUUUUUUUUUAAUGGAAAUCGGUGCAACCUGAAUGAUUUAUUUUUUCUCUCUUUCUCUUUUCGAACACUUGAUUAUUCUCUCUUUCUCCUUCGCUCCGCCGAAAGAAGCGAUGCGGCUGCUGCCUGAUGGCGCACAGAAUUUAGUAAGUUACAAGGGGAUUUGACCUGUUUUUUUUCAUUUUGGAGCUAUUUUUGUUCAAUUUCCCUGCUGCUACAAAAACCCAGGAAAGAUGAAAGGGUUCAUUUUGGCCAGAAUGUGGAAAGUUCUGGCCGUCUUGGCACUGGCAGCGCAAGAUGUCAGGGGUAAGACACUGAAAUACCAAAUUUAUGAGGAACAGAAGGUUGGCACCGUCGUCGCCCGCUUGAAAGAUGAUGUCGCAGAUGUUCUGGCGAAACUUCCAAGCACAGUGUCGCUCCGCUUCAGAGCUAUGCAAAGAGGGAGCAGCUCCUCUUUCCUCGCGGUGCGCGAGCAGGACGGAGAAAUCAGUAUCAGGACCAAAAUCGACCGCGAAAAACUCUGUGAAAAAAAUCUCAACUGCUCCAUUCAGUUCGACGUGCUCACGCUCCCCACGGAGCACCUUCAGCUGUUUCACGUGGAGGUGGAAGUGCUGGACAUCAACGAUAACGCACCGCAGUUCGCUCGCGCCGUCAUCCCUAUUGAGAUCUCCGAGAGCGCGGCCGUGGGUGCGCGCAUCCCCCUUGACAGCGCCAUGGACCCAGACGUCGGGGAAAACUCACUGUACACGUAUUCACUGGAGCCCAACAACUUCUUCAAGAUUGACAUCCAAUCGAGGACUGACGGGGCGAAAUAUGCUGAGCUUGUGGUGCUCAGGGAACUGGAUCGGGAGGUGCGCUCGGGUUAUGAACUUCACUACACCGCCUCUGAUAGAGGCGUUCCCUCCAGAACGGGUUCGACUCUCCUGAAAAUUAACAUUGCUGACUCAAAUGAUAACAGCCCGAUUUUUGACAAGUCAUCAUACGUGAUAAACCUCCCUGAAAACUCACCUGUUGGCACCAUGCUGAUCGACUUAAACGCAACAGAUGCGGAUGAAGGCACAAAUGCCAAAAUAGUGUACUCCUUCAGCAGUCACGUGUCUCCUAAAAUAAUUGAGACGUUCAAAAUCAACCCCGAUAGUGGUCACCUGACCCUGAUCAGGCGCUUGGACUAUGAGACCGUUGAUUCUUAUGAUAUUGAUGUCCAAGCACAGGACAUGGGUCCAAACUCCAUGCCAGCUCACUGUAAGAUCCUGGUCAAGCUGGUCGAUGUGAAUGACAAUAAACCUGACAUCAGCAUCAACCUCAUGUCUUCUCAGGGGAAUGGAGAGGCAGCCUACAUAUCUGAGGCAUCACCUUUGGACACCUUUGUAGCUCUGAUCAGGGUGGAGGACUUGGACUCUGGACUGAACGGAGAAGUGGACUGCAAACUUCAUGGUCAAGGUUACUUCAAACUGCAGAAGACAUAUGAGAACAACUACAUGGUUUUGACCAAUGUGUCUCUCGACAGAGAGAGAAGGUCAGAGUUCAGUCUCACGGUGGUGGCAGAGGACCGGGGUACUCCUAGUCUCUCUACCGUCAAACAUUUUACUGUCCAUGUAACUGAUGAGAACGAUAAUCCACCUCGAUUUGAGAAGGGGCGCUAUGAGGUUUUUAAAUCAGAGAACAAUGCUCCUGGAGCUUAUCUGACCUCUGUCUUGGCCACUGAUCCUGAUCUGGAUGCCAAUGGACAGGUGAGCUACUCCAUCUUGGAAAACUCUGUUCAUGGUAGCUCAAUCUCGACCUACGUGACAAUUGACCCAUCUAAUGGUGCCAUCUAUGCACUAAGAACAUUUGACCGUGAGGACGUUAGUCGUAUCUCCUUUGUCGUACAGGCCAAAGAUGCUGGAACACCACCGCUGCGAAGCAAUGCCACAGUUAUUCUUAACAUAUUGGAUGAGAAUGACAACCCCCCAGUCAUUGUGGUCCCACAGUUGUGGAACUUCACUGCUGAUGUGCCCAUUUCAAAGUCCACAGAAGCUGGGCACUUAGUGACUGUGAUCAGAGCGACUGAUCGAGACACAGGGGUCAAUGCAGAGCUCGUCUGCUCCAUCACCAGUGGCAAUGAAGAGGGCUUCUUCCUGAUUGAGCCCAGAACCUGUGAAAUCCACGCGAACGCCAGCCUUGAGAACUUUCCUCAUAAGCACGCUGAGCUGACCGUUGUGGUCCGAGAUCAGGGAAGUGAGAGCCUGAGCGCCAAGGCAGCUCUGAAAAUCACUGUCUAUGACAACAUUGAGAACCACAGCCAGGUGAAGGACCAGGAGGAGUCGACUCCUGAUGUAUCCUUGAUUAUUAUCAUCUCUCUUGGAGCAAUCUGUGGUGUGCUGCUGGUCAUCAUGGUGGUGUUCGCUGUUCUCUGUAACCUUGAGAAGAAAGACUCCAGGCACUCCUACAACUGCCGGGUGGCUGAAUCCACCCACCAGCAUCAUCCCAAGAAGCCGUCGCGGCAAAUCCACAAAGGUGACAUCACCUUAGUUCCCACAGUGAACGGAACCCUGCCCAUCAGAGCGCACCACUGUUCCCCGUCGGCCACUCCCCCCAUGGACAGAGCCCAGAUAAGUCAUCAGAAACACCACAGUCGGCAGUCAUUGAACAGUUUGGUGACCAUCUCGUCCAAUCACAUUCCAGAGAGCUUUGCACUGGAACUGGCCCAUGCGACACCACCGGUGGAGCAAGUCUCACAGCUUCUGUCCAUGCUCCAUCAGGGCCAGUACCAGCCCAGACCCAGUUUCCGUGGCAACAAAUACUCCCGCAGCUACAGGUAUGCUUUGCAAGAUAUGGACAAGUUCAGCCUGAAGGACAGCGGUCGUGGGGACAGCGAGGCGGGGGACAGUGACUGCGACAUGGGACGAGAAUCCCCCGUGGACAGACUGCUGUUGGGCGAGGGAUUUUCUGACCUCCUGCACCUCGAAAUGCAUCAUCGGCUCCACCCAGCUAUGAGACUGUGCACGGAUGAAUGCCGCAUCCUGGGACACUCGGAUCAGUGCUGGAUGCCCCCGCUUUCCUCGCCUGCUUCCUCCGCCGACUACCGCAACAACAUGUACAUCCCCGGGGAGGAGUCCUCCCAGCAGCCCCAACCCGAUGAUGACCAGUCAUCAGUUGACUCAGAACGCCGCAAGAGUUUCUCCACUUUUGGCAAGGAGUCUGAAAGUGAGGAAGCCAGUGCUGGGGGAGUUGUUUUGGGAGGAGGAAGUGAUGCAUGUGGCACCGGUGGUGGGGCUGGCUCCCUCCUCAAUGAGAUGAACAGCGUGUUCCAGCGGCUCCUUCCUCAAAAUAUGGACUUGUAUUCUGAGUGCACUGAAACAAGCCCACCUAUGUCUUCAUCAGCUAAUGAGCGAACCAACGGACGUGGCAGCGGCGCUGUUCCUCAAGACAGCCGGAGAGGGCUGCUGCCAGGUGGAAAAGGUACGGCUUACCCCCCGGGUGUUGCUGCAUGGGCAGCCAGUACCCAUUACCUAAACCCAGGAAGUGGAGCUGUAGGAACCAAUCAUAUCUCAUCCUCUUCAUCUACAUCCGCUGCCUCCACCAACGGGCAGCCACCUCACCUCAAAUGGCUGCCAGCCAUGGAGGAAAUCCCAGAGAAUUAUGAGGAAGAUGACUUUGAUGGCGUCUUCCAUCAGGGUCAGCAGGGUAACAAAUGCAACGAGAGCCACCACGAGGCGGGCGUGGACGCCAGCGAGCUGGUCAACGAGAUAAACAAACUGUUGCAGGAUGUCAAGCAGAACUAGAGGCGGCUAAUGGCUACAGAAGGGGGCGGGGUCUCACUGUGUGACGUAUUCCACUGCAUUCUGGCAAUUUUCGUUGCUCGUGACGGUAUAAACUUUACGAUAACUGUUUCUUGUGUACUGUCAUGCUUGUCUUUAUUUACCAAA